UUUUAAGAGGGUCAAGGUCACACAAACAUUUAUAUAGGGCAGUUUCUUCUGUUGCUGCAAAGAUGGGUGGUUUAAUAUCAUAUAUCUCAACAUCUGUAUUUCAUCAAACUAAUACUAAACCAGAUUUAAGAAGUAAUGUGCCAUUACCAUCCACAAUCCAUGCAAUAAUUCAGCCAAGCAUCAUCAAAAAUAGAGCUUUAUUCAUUGUUGGUGAUGUUCAUGGAUGCUACGAUGAGAUGCGUGAGUUACUGGAGAAGGCAAAAAAUGCAACACCCAAAGAAAUGACUGUUGUUUUUGUUGGAGAUCUUGUAAAUAAAGGACCAAAGAAUAAGCAAGUCCUAGAUUACGUUCAGGAAAGUGGUGCGUAUUCAGUGCGAGGGAAUCAUGAUAAUGCAGUACUGUACCAGUGUCUAUCGUAUCAAAGUGACACAAACUAUGAAGUAUCUGCACGGUAUGAAUGGAUUUGUGACCUGUCGCAGGAAAAUAUUGACUAUCUUCGGGAUCUUCCAUACACAAUCAAAAUACCAAGUCAUAAUGUGAUUAUCGUACAUGCAGGCUUGUUGCCAGGGAAACCACUUGAGCACCAAAACCUUUCAGACAUGAUAGUGAUGCGAAACGUUAUUGACAGGGACUAUUUUGACGGUGGACCAUAUGCCAGCGAAAUAGCUGGUGGAAGCCCAUGGAUUAGGUAUUGGGGUGGGAAAGAUCACAUCUACUUCGGACAUGAUGCGGUGCGAGGACUUCAACAGAGCACAUUCGCAACCGGACUGGAUACCGGAUGUGUAUAUGGAGGCUGCCUUACAGGUGUUUUUGUAAAUGAGUCCGGUGAAAUUGACAGUAUGUUGCAAGUGAAAGCAAAGGAUGUAUAUAAACCAGUGUCAUAAAUGUUAUACUGUAUUUAAAUGGAGGUACUGUGUGGAAGAUACGAGUAUUCGAUGACCCACAAAAGUCCAGAAUUAUUUCCAGUGGGGCACUUCUGGUGGUAAUUGGGCAGUACACCUGAAGACAAUCCCCUACUCUUUUCUGAAGAGUGCACUUCGUUCUUUGGUGGACAUUCACAUGAGCCAUAUUGCACACGGGACCAACACUUAAACAUCUCAUCCGAAAGACUGCGCUUUUAUAUACUUGCAUUUCAGAGCACUAGCUGAAACACAAGAAGUAGAUGGAAUCGAAAUGGCUCUCCACGGUUCAGCGCACACACAGUGGCUACCACUAGUUUAGCCAACUGUGCUAUGCUGCUUGCUCUUGAUAAGAUUCUGCUUGCACUCAAUGUCAGCUGUGUGAUACAUCUGAAGAUAGCAACUACAAUAAUAAAAUUAUAUCAACAGUGUCAUAAUACUGAAACUUGUAUUAAACAAAAACCGGUAUAUAUAUAUAUAUAUAUAUAUAUAUAUAUAUGUAUCAGUAAGUAAAUAUAUUAACUUAUUAUAUUAACUUAAUUCCUGAUUCUGAUGGAUCAUGGAACUUCCAUAUGUGCUGUGUUUGAUGUCGGACAAUGGUGUCUGCCUGAUUGUGGUAGGCAUUGUUGCUGAUUCUUGCCCGUGCAUGUGCCCCUUUGGUUUUCAGUAUGGGGGCUCCAUGAUCUAUUUUAAAAAUUUAAAUGAUAAACAAUGUUGUUCUUGUUAACUGCUUAUUUAAUUUUUGUCAUUUAAUGCUGGGAUGCCCACAAAAGUGAUUAAGUUCACUAUUGGUUUUUCCCCUGGACAUUGAUUUGACUCUUUAUACUGUUUUGCUUUUUGUUCAUUGCUAUUUGUUGUAAAUGCUGGAAUAAAGAAAUGAAAUAAAACUACUUUACCAACAAUGAUUGAAAAAAAGAA